AUCCACGUUAUCCCGCUUCCCUCCCUUAGGACUGAUCCAUGCUACGUCAAAGAAACACCUCCGUUUCUCUCAACUCACUUUUUCAGCUUUGAGAAGCGCAAACGCGGUGUUCAGCUCGUCCCGGAAUGAAACGCGCACUUCUUUUGGAAAGCAGCCAUUACCAACAAGAGCUUUAUUCACAGCGCACCUGUUAUAUUUCAACCAAAACUUGGCCUGUUUUCCCAGACUUUUAAAUCAAUCUUGGAGGAGUUUGUUCCUCCUAACAGACCGAAUUGACUGUUCAUACCUGUGCUGGAUGCCUGAUGCCCUGCGUAUAGAUUUUUCCUCAUCCAACUGGCAGAGUUUAUUCCCUGGAAGGAUGGAUAUUUCAAGGAUUAAUCGUUUUGCUUUGCGUAAUUGUUUGAAAACUUUUCUUCUUGCGUUGUCCGUCUUGACUUCUGCGAGAGUCUCAGCAGCCAGCGUGAACCUGUCAGAGUCUGGAGAGAUUGAGCCAUUGGCCGAAGCCCAGAGCGGAGGCUUGCCAACAUCCGAAGGGUACUUCCUGGAAUUUGUGGAGCCCCCAAACAACAUGACUAUUAUGCAGGGUCAGACGGCUACGCUGCACUGCAAAGUGGCAGGUAACCCACGGGCCACCAUCAAAUGGUUGAAGAAUGACGCACCCGUGGUGCCCGAGCAAGGCCGUGUCUCAAUCCGCAAAACAGAGUCUGGCUCAAAACUUCGUAUCCAGGAUCUGGACACUACUGACACUGGAUACUAUCAAUGUGUAGCCUCCAAUGGCCUCAAGGCUAUCUCGGCCACCGGUGUUCUCUAUGUGCGCCUAGGCCAGUCACCUACCCCUGGUUCAAAUGAUGGGACCCACGAGAAGGGCUUCUGUCAGCCGUAUCGAGGCAUCGCAUGUGCUCGAUUUAUCGGGAACAGAAGCAUCUAUGUGGAGUCUCUACAAAUGCAAGGAGAAAGUGAGAACCGCAUCACGGCUGCAUUUACCAUGAUUGGCACCUCCACCCAGCUGUCAGAUCAGUGUUCGCAGUUUGCCAUCCCCUCAUUUUGCCACUAUGUCUUCCCCCUGUGCGAGGAAGGCACAAGGGGCCCACGGCAGCGCCAGCUCUGCAGGGAUGAAUGCGAGGCAAUUGAGAAUGACCUGUGCCAUGCCGAGUACACCAUCGCCCGAUCCAACCCACUCAUCCUCAUGCAGCUGGAGCUGCCCAAAUGCCAGAUGCUUCCUCAUCCAGGCUCACCAGAUGCUGCCAGUUGCAUGCGCAUCGGCGUACCCACCAACCGUCUGGAGACAUAUUCUCCCCCAGAUCACAGCUGUUACAAUGACAGUGGUGCCAAUUACAGAGGCACUGUCCGUACAACAAAGUCAGGCCACCAGUGUCAGCCCUGGACUACUCAGUACCCCCACAGCCAUCAUAUGACACCGACAGACUAUCCAGAGCUUAGAGGGGGGCAUAACUUCUGCAGGAACCCGGGAGGGCAAAUGGAGGCUCCGUGGUGUUUCACUCUAGAUCCUCAUGUGAGGGUCGAACUUUGUGAUGUCCGUCCAUGCAAGCCCCCUGAAAACAUGAAGAAGGAGAUAUUGUAUAUCCUCAUCCCCAGUAUCGCUAUACCAUUGGUCAUCGCCUGCUUGUUCUUCUUGGUAUGCAUGUGCCGUAACAAGCAGAAGGAGUCUGUUGACACUCCCCCCCGUCGGCAACUUACUGCCUCCCCCAGUCAGGACAUGGAGAUGCCACUCCUCAACCAGCACAAGCAUCAGGCAAAACCCAGAGAAAUCAACUUAUCAGCUGUACGCUUCAUGGAGGAGCUUGGGGAUGACCGUUUUGGGAAGGUCUACAAAGGCCACCUUUAUGGCACAGCCCCAGGAGAGCAGAACCAGGUGGUGGCUAUUAGGACUAUCAAAGACAAAGAUGAAGGAACACUGCAGGAAGAGUUCCGUCAUGAGGCUACACUCCGUUCUCGACUCCAGCACCCAAAUAUUGUGUGUCUCUUGGGUGUGGUGACCAAAGACCAGCCCAUGAGCAUGAUCUUCAGCUUCUCAGGCCAUGGCGACCUCCAUGAGUUCCUGGUUAUGCGUUCACCUCACUCUGAUGUAGGAAGCUCUGAUGAUGACAAAACAGUCAAGUCAGCUCUUGAGCAGGCUGACUUCUUGCACAUUGUCACUCAAGUGGCAGCUGGGAUGGAGUACCUGUCCAGUCAUCAUGUUGUCCACAAAGAUCUGGCCGCUCGAAACAUUCUGGUUUGCGACAAACUCAACGUAAAAAUUCUUGACCUUGGACUGUUCCGUGAGGUCUACUCUGCUGACUACUACAAGCUGAUGGGCAACAGUCCCUUCCCUAUCCGCUGGAUGUCCCCAGAGGCCUUAAUAUAUGGCAAGUUUUCCACUGACUCCGACAUCUGGUCCUAUGGUGUGGUGUUGUGGGAAAUCUUCAGCUAUGGCCUGCAGCCCUACUGUGGUUACUCCAACCAAGAUGUAAUUGAGAUGGUACGUAACAGACAAGUCCUGUCCUGCCCCGAUGACUGCCCUUCCUGGAUCUACACUCUUAUGCUGGAGUGCUGGAAUGAAUUCCCUGCACGCCGGCCACGCUUCAAGGACAUCCAUGCACGUUUACGCACAUGGGAAAGCUUGUCUAACUAUAACAGCUCCGCGCAAACUUCUGGGGCAAGCAACACCACCCAGACCAGCUCUCUAAGCACAAGCCCUGUCAGCAAUAUCAGUGCUGCCCGCUAUGUCACCCCAAAGAAGACCUCUCCUUUCCCACAACCCCAGUUUAUGUCUAUGAAGGGCCAGAUGAGGCCAAUGGUACCACCCCAGCUUUACAUCCCUGUCAAUGGUUACCAGCCUGUGCCUGCCUAUCCAUACCUCCAGAACUUCUACCCCAUGCAGAUCCCUAUGCAGAUGCCCACACAGCAGAUGCACCCACAGAUGGUGCCUAAGGCAGGAUCACACCACAGCGGCAGUGGCUCCACCAGCACAGGUUACGUCACCACAGCACCAUCCAAUGCAUCUGGCACAGAGAAGACCGGCCUGCUGAGUGAGGACGCUAAGGCAGCCGAGGACAACAUGGCUGAUGGAGCGUCUCAGAAUGGUCUGCACAACGAUGAUACGUCUGUCCCCGAAACAGAGCUUCUAGGGGACAAUGACAGCCCACAGAUUGAUGACAGUGAGAUGCAUUCAGAGGCAUAGGCAGUUUUUUGGGACCUAAUGACAGCCAAGAGCUGUUCUCUGAAGUGUGACUUUGUAGCUUCUGCCAGCUUAACCACACAGUGAAGGGAAAUCAUUGAUUGAGACAAAUACUGAAUGUUAUUUAUGAGUUAUUUGGCAGUCACUUAAACAACUAUUCUACUAUUGGAGGCUAUACCUCUAGUUCUAGUGACAGCUGCACCCUUAUGCUGCUUUUCAGCUGCAAUGAAGAGUCUAACUUGUCUCCUUUUGACAGUAGGUGAGAUGUUGAUGUGACACACUGACAGUGUUUUUUUUUUUUUGUUUUUUUUUAAUCAGAUUUGUUGCAAAGCCAUUCAGAAGAAUUUGAGUUCUUACUGUUGCUGUGCAACAUGGACCAUUGUAUCUUUAUAUGUAUUUCUAUAGUUGCUAUCAAUUCAUUUGAUUAACAUUCUGGCAUUUUGUGGAUUGGGGAACUUAAAACAAUUACAUAGGAAUUUAUAAGGCAUGCUUUAGCAAUCCAAGUGCCUUAUGUUUAUCUAAUUCUCAGAAAUAAUGAGUAUAAGACUACAGUGAAACUUACAUUUAUGUCCCACUGAAACUGAAUGUGGCAAAAGGGCUAAUGAAAAGAAGCAUCUAUUUGAACUGAGACACAAAACUAUGCAACAUUCAGUGCUAAACUGCAUUACAUAUUAGCAAGACUUUAUGAAAAUAUGAGCUGGCCCUAAAAUAUUUUUAAUACUUGUUUUUAAGGUUGAAACUCUGUUGUAAAGAUUUGUAAUUUAUAGCAUUGAUUCUCUUAAAGAAAUUUUAAUUGUUUCCUUGUCUCUUUUGUUUAGCCAAUGAUAUUACUUAAAUUUAGUUUAAAACCAGAUAUUUGCUUCUUUUAUUUUUUAAACCAAACUGUUAUAACAACUUAAUCAUAUAUUGUGUAUGUGCAGGAAGACGAAGUGACAAAUAAAGCGAUAGGUGAAA